UCCAACAAAGCGAAACACUGCAAAGAUGUUGCUGCUGAGGAAUCGUGGUUUGUUGAGUCUCCAAGUCACUUCUCUCUUAUCGUCCUCUACUUCUUCAUCAUCUCAAGCAACUCCACCUUUCUUUCUCUGCUUUAAAAACACUCUCUUUCACUCUACUCACCAAAACCCUAGCCCUAAACCCAAACCCAAGCCCCAAACCCAACACCAUGUCUCUGCUUCAAAGACUGAAAAACAAGCCAUUUCGGACACUGCCCGGUUCGCGCAAACCUUCCUCUUCGUACCGCCAGGGGUCGAUCCCGAGGAGGUGACGGACGACAUGGUUCUACCCGGUUCCAACAUCGUGCUUGGUCCCUAUGCGGGUCACUCCCAGAUAAAGGAGGUGGAGUUCGUGAAAAGCAGUAGUAGGCCAAAGGAUUGCCCCAAGGAUGAUCGCCCUGAGUUUGCCAUUCUUGGUCGGUCCAAUGUCGGUAAAUCUUCGCUUAUCAAUGCCCUUGUUCGCAAGAAAGAAGUAGCCCUUACAUCUAAGAAACCAGGGAAAACUCAACUUAUUAAUCAUUUCUUAGUGAACAAGAGCUGGUAUAUCGUGGAUCUGCCUGGUUAUGGGUUUGCUAAGGCCCCAGAAUCUGCCCGGAUGGAUUGGUCUGCCUUCACCAAAGGUUACUUCUUAAACAGAGCAACUCUGGUUGCUGUCCUCCUACUCAUUGAUGCAAGUGUUCCACCACAAAAGAUUGACCUUGACUGUGCUAAUUGGCUUGGUCGCAACAAUAUACCAAUGACUUUUGUUUUCACAAAGUGCGACAAAAUGAAGGGGGGGAAAGGAAAAAGGCCAGAUGAGAACAUAAAAAAUUUCCAAGUGAUGAUGGGACAAAACUAUGGAAAACAUCCCCCAUGGAUCAUGACUAGCAGUGUUACUGGUUUGGGCAGAGAUGAGCUUCUUCUGCAUAUGUCUCAACUGAGGAACUACUGGGAUAACUAGGAGCCAAGUUGAAAGUUAAAACAUCUCCCACAUGUAACUCUCCAUAAGAGGUACACCAGAAUAUAGUAUUUUGACCGAGUUGCCAAUAAAUUAUAUAUUGUUUUCAUAUCAAAUUUUCCAAGGAAAUCUGAUUUAAUGUAACCAACUGUUGUCUGUAAAUUUGUUCUGAUCUGUGGAAUGUUACUUCAUCUGUAUAUAUAUAUAUAUAUAGCUGCACUCUGCAGUCAUUAGUCAA